AUGGGUCCGGAUACCUCCCAACACUAUAUUACUGAUUUGGCAUGGAAAGACAAGGCUGAGGCCAAGGAAUGGCUUAUCUCAAAUGCAAAAGAGAAGAUGUGCGUGGUUGUUCAAAGCAAACACGUCGAUUGUAAGAAGAUGGAGAUGGUAUGCAAGAGAGCGGGGAAAAAGGGAGAAAGUCACAAAGGCAAGAAUUACAAAUAUGAGAAGAAGACGACUGGGGUAUACAAAACAACGUCGAAGAAGUGUGGAUGCCCGUUCAGGAUUUAUUUCAAAAGGCAUCACGAAACUGCUCUAUGGAGAUUGGAUGAUACAACAGGGGUGGAAGAAGGUGACGAAUCCGAUGAAUCAUUAUCUGGGUCUCUUGGUUCGUCAAUAGACAAAGAAACUGACAUUGUUGACGAAGCAAUCACAUUCUUUCGUGCCAAUGUAUUCUUCAGAAACUUUGAUAUAAAGAGCUCAGCGGACAAACUACUUAUAUAUUUGACAUUUUACAUAAAUGUGGCUCUGAAAAGACUCGAGGGGUGCAGAACCUUGGCAGGAGGAACGAAGGCCAUCAUAAACUUGGGUCCCAAGGAUGUCCCUGUGCCUGGGGAGACAGGUUUUCCUUUUGCAGGCCUUUUUCCUCUUCCUCAAUCUGACGAAGAAGCAGAGCUAUUCAGGAACUAUCUAAAGCAAAUAAGAGAAGAAACCGGUGGAAGACUGUUGGGUGUUGCAUACAGACCUAAUGGGACACCAAAUAAAUGGUGGAUAGCAUUCGCCAAGAGGAAAUUCAUGAACAUUAUUGUUCCCCAACAUUAGAUUUUUAAUUUAUUUUUUUAAAAACAAAAUAAAAUGGGUUCGUCUUUGUAAUAAGUCCCAAUCUUUAUGCACAGUACUUGCAAAUUUUGUGAUUGACUUGGAUUUUGCUGCUGAUAUUUUUUCCUGUAAUUGUUGUGUAUUCCAAACACUCUAAAGAAAAAUAGUAAUGUAUGUUGAGAUUCAAAUAUUUUCGCA